GCGUCUGUAUUUUAUUCUAUCUCUAAAACCCUCCCUAUUUCUCUCUCUAUCCUCUUCUCUCUUAUUCGUCAUCUCUUUUUAGCUUGAUGGAGGUGGGAGCUAACCUCCAUCAUAAGCAGCGCGCCAUUUUUUAUUACAGAAAACCCUAAUGUUCUGCAGAGAGGCACGUCAAUUGACUUCUCUGAUUGAAUUCGAGUUUCAGAAUGUUUCCGUGGAACAUCGCCAGGUCGGCGGAGGCCAUGUUCUCCCGCUGGGCGAUGAAGAGGGUCUGCAAGUUCGUGUUGAAGAAGAAAUUGGGGAAAUUCAUACUUGGAGACAUCGAUCUCAACCAGCUCGAUGUCCAGCUCAGCGCCGGAACCAUUCAGCUCUCUGAUCUUGCUCUCAACGUUGAUUAUCUCAAUCAAAAGUUUGGUUCCACGUCAGCAGUAGUGAUGAAAGAAGGUUCUAUUGGCUCUUUGAUGGUUACGAUGCCCUGGAAGGGAGAUGGAUGCAGUGUAGAGGUUGAUGAACUUGAGCUUGUUUUUGCUCCUCGUUCAUGCCAUGUCUCUGGAAAUGGAUCUGGAGCUUGUACAUCCAGUCAGGAACCUCAGGACCACUAUGUCAGCCAUGGUUCGCCUAAUCUUGAGCAUGAUACUGUUGAUAAUGCUGGAAGAAGCACUUCCUUGGAUGUUCAUGAAGGAGUCAAAACUAUUGCCAAUAUGGUAAAAUGGCUGCUCACGAAAUUUCAUGUGAAAAUUAGAAAAGUGAUUGUAGCAUUUGAUCCUUGUUUUGCUGCAGAAAAGGACAAAGGUCUUAGUAGAAUAUUGGUUCUAAGGUUGACUGAGAUAGACUGUGGGACAUGCAUAUCUGAGAGUGCUUCUUCAGAUUGUGAGGUGAUGGCUGGUAACUUACUUGGGUUAAGUCAAAUGACCAACUUUGUCAAGUUUCAAGGAGUGGUACUUGAAUUUCUUCACAUGAAUGGUAUUGAUGACAAGACACCAUAUCCAUGUGCUUCGGGAACAACAGUUGGUGAAUGGUCAAGCGGCUCUUACCGAAAUGUGACCAUCCCAGUAAUCACUGGUGAAAGUGGUGGGUUUUCAGGGAGUCUGAAAUUGUAUAUACCUUGGAAUAAUGGUUCUCUUGAUAUGCACAAACUGGAGGCAGAUGCUUUUAUUGAUCCCUUGCAAUUGAAAUUCCAACCUACUAGUGUUAGAAGCUUCAUACACUUGUGGGAAAUUUUCAAAGACAUGGGGGAUAAGAACAGGAACAGCAUCAUUAGCAAGGGAACUGAAUCUGACCACUGCAAUGAACAGCUGAAUUAUGGCUUAUCAAAUACAGAUUCUUGUAGGCUUGCUGAAGAGGUUCUUCCUAGACAUAAAUAUUUUUCUGCAGAAUACCUUCCUCAAAUUGAUGAAGAGCCAGUGACACAGGCCCUACUGUCUGAGUCACAUCUUAUUUCAGAUUGGUUGAUGAGCCAGAAAGACAAAAUUGAAGAACCUGACUUUGGAGCUAGUGUGGAUCAGUUUUUUGAAUGUUUUGAUGGCUUGAGAAAUUCACAGUCAGCUUUGGGAAGCAGUGGGAUGUGGAAUUGGACAUGUUCUGUUUUCAGUGCAAUAACUGCUGCAUCCACUCUUGCUUCUGGAUCAUUACAUAUUCCUUCAGAUCAGCUGCAUGUUGAAACCAACCUCAGGGCAACUAUUUCCAAAAUAUCUAUAAUAUUUUUCUUCACUGAUGAGGAUGGCAAACAUUGCUCCAGUGCGGAGGCAGCCCAGAUAACUACUGGUUCUUCUGUUCAUUAUAUGAGUGCACAUUUCAAUGACAUGUCCCUUGUAUUGCAGGUACGCCGUCACGAAAUGAAUUUUGAAGCUAAGGUGCAGCAUGUUGGACUGGUCGACUGCUUCUCUAGUGGGGAUGUGAUGUUGAAUGAUGGUAAGGACAUAGAGGAAAUUCAAGGUGCAGUUCAAAAUGCUAUCCCACACAUUCCUAGGUCCAGCGAAAAAGGCGAACUAAACAAUCUAACUGGAGCUACUAGAGAUUUUUCUAUGCUAUCUGAUUAUAGGUGCACACACCCACAAACAUUUAGAGGUCCAGAUGAUGUGGUUCAGGUAAAAUUACUUGAAACCGUUGGUGAUAUUCAGUGUCAAAUCAGAAUUGAUUCCUCUGGUGACUCGUUCAUUGGACCAAUGUCUUUCUCAUUGAAGCUACCAUACUUCAUUUUUUGGGUGAAUAUUGAUUUGGUUUGUGAAAUAUCUGAACUUCUGAAGCAAAUUGGGGGUUCUUUUGAAAGGACUAGCAUAGUGGCUCCUUGCGAGGACUAUCAGUUUUCUUCUAAAAAGGAAGAAAUGAAGAGCUCUUUCACACAAGAAAAUUUAAUGGGCAAUGUAUUCAUUCCAAAUGCUAGAAUAAUAUUGUGUUUCCCAUUUGGAAAAGGUGGAGGUUUAAGGAGUUACUCUUCUUGGGAACACUUGAUUGCUCUUGACCUUUCUUCAUCAAUACCAACAGGGAAUAAAAGAGAUGCCAUGAACCAAACAUCAAUUGCUUGUUCCAAGAACAUGUACUCUUUACAAACAUCACAGUCUUUGCAUUUGAGUUUUGGGGGUCUUAAUAUCUACUUAAUUACUUUAGCAUCUGAAGAGAAUGUAGAUAGUAGCCCUGAUGCUGAACACAAGCAGAGAUAUUUAGCUCAGAACAUUAUGUCCAUAUCUUGCGGAACACAACAUUCUGUUGUUAGCUUGUUCUGGCAGGAGAGUCCUGUUGUUGCCACAGGUGAUAUGGUGAAGAAAGCCAAACUCCUUGCGUCUUCAGAUAUUAACAGGAAGAGAGAUAGAUUUAGGGGAAAAGACUAUGAAUUUGCAUCUGUUAGUACAGUGAAGGAUUCAGAAGAUUUUGAUGGUAUUCAACGAAAGAUGAUAGAGAGCUCUGAAUUUUUCAUUCAUGCACGGAUAUCUCCUUUGGUAGCUACUCUAAGCAAGUCUCAGUAUGUCUGCAUACAUCAUCUUCUGAGUCAGUUGAUUGAUCGUUUAUCACAAAUUUCCUCUGUUUCAGCUGAUACUAAAGAAACAUCUUCUGCAUCACAAGCAUCAGUUCUCAUUGAAUGUGAAUCUUUAACUAUUUCAAUUGGUUUGGAAGUAGUGGAGAAUGUUAAGGGAUCAUUCCAGUAUGAGCUACCAGGUUGUUGGCAUAGUUUGAGACUUGAGGUUAAGAAAUUCGGAUUUUAUUCUGCUUCUAACAUUGGAAGAAUUAGCAAUACUAGUUUUCUCCGCGUCCUCCACAGUGAUGGAAAGUUGUGGGGGCAUAUUUCUGGAGUUGCAAGGGAAGAGGUUCUUCUGAUAUCAUGCAAUGAUGCUUCCAUGGGACGUGGUGAUGGAGAAGGUUCAAAUGUAAUAUUUUCCAAAAGAUCAGGUUCUGAUAUAAUACACCUUUUGGAUCCUCAAAGUUUGAGCAAUUACACAUCCAUUACUGUCAGGUGUGGCACUAUUGUGGCAGUUGGUGGACGGUUGGAUUGGUUGGAUAGGAUUACAUCCUUCUUCAGUUUGCCCUCUCCUGAAACUGAACAAUGUGAUGACAGUUCACAGAAAAAAUGUUGCAAGGAAAGUCUGCCUUUUGAAUGUUCUUUUGUUCUUAACUUGGUAGACAUUGGUUUGAGCUAUGAGCCGUAUUUGAUGUUUAGCAAAGGCUCUGAUUUCAAGCUAGAUUCUGGCAAUGGAAAUGAAGUGGUAGACAAGCAGCAUGUUGCUUGCCUCUUGGCAGCAUCUUCCUUGAGGAUAUCCAACACCAGUUUUGCUGAUUCUGCUGUCAGGGAUUACAAAAUUAGUGUGCGGGAUCUGGGCUUGCUUCUUUCUGUGGUUGGUGAACCGGGGAGUGUUGCCCAUAUUUAUGGUGUUGAGCAUCUUCGCAAGAUCGGCUAUGUCAAAGUUGCUCAAGAGGCCAACCUUGAAGCACUUUUGAGAAUUUACUGUGAGAAUGGUAAUUUGUGGGAAGUUGAAUGCUCAGGAUCCCAGAUUUUUAUGAAUACUUGUCAUGACACUACUUAUGGUUUGAUUUGUUUGGCCACCCAACUUCAACAGCUUUUUGCACCUGAUAUGGAAGAAUCAGUAGUGCACUUGCAAACGAGGUGGGAUAAUGUUCAACAGGCAAGUGGGAGUAAAGAAUUAUGGACCUUUGAGGGCGACUCUCCCAUAUCAACUUCUACUGUCCUGACAUCAAUAGCGGAUGUGGAGUGUAAAGCCAGUAUAAUAAAUAUUAUGGAUGAAAUAUGCGAAGAUGCAUUUCAGGUAGAGAGAAUUAGUGAUGCUCAAGCUGAUACUUGUGAAUCACCUAUUCAUGUGUCAUUAAAUGAUAGUUGUAUUGGUGAGGCAUGUUAUUAUAGUAAUAUUGCAGCUCAACAUUUCUGUAAGAGCUUGCCUCUUUCUGAGUCAUCUCCAGCAGCUGGACUAGAAAAUGGUGAGAGUUCAUUUUCAGAAGAAAAAUUGCCUGAAUUCAUUGAAGAUUAUGUAUUGUCUGAUUUAUGCCCUCUCUCAGAGCUGUCAUUAAAAAGCAACUCACCAAAUGAUAUUCUUAAAUGCAAAACUAGUUCUCUGAAGAAUGGAGAUGACCAACAAGAAAGUAGUGGGUGGUAUGAUGACAGCUCAUUAAGAAUUAUAGAGGAUCAUGUUUCAAAAGCCAGUGGACACGAUGAUUCCCUGCAAUAUGUGAAGUGUGAGGCUUCCAGCAGUCAAACUGGAACUGAUGAAAAUGGAAAAGUCAAGGGUCGCAUAGUUUUUAAUGAUGUGAAUGUCUCCUGGAGAUUAUAUGCUGGCUCUGACUGGCAAAAUAUUGAGAAAAGUGUCCAGCGUUCUGCUGGUACAUAUGUACGUGAUAUAACUUCUUACUUAGAGCUCAUAUUGUCUGGAGUGGGCUUUAAGUAUGACAUAUUUCCUGAUGGUGGAAUACAUGCAUCUAGACUGUCCAUUGCGGUUCAGGAUUUCUUUCUUAAUGACCGCCGCAAUGAUGCCCCAUGGAAACUGGUGCUUGGGUAUUAUCAGGCAAAAGAUUGUCCAAGAAAGUCCUCCUCCAAAGCAAUUAAGCUGGAUCUAGAAGCUGUCAGACCUGAUCCUGCCAUCCCUCUGGAGGAGUACCGAUUGCGCAUUUCUUUCCUCCCAAUACUGUUGCAUCUUCACCAAAGCCAGCUUGAUUUUCUCAUCAUCUUUUUUGGGGGAACAAACUCAGCAUCUAAUUCAUCCCAGGGUGCUUCACAAAAUCUACAUGAAUCAAGAACAAUUUCACAGCAGAAAACUGUGAUUGGUGGUCAUGUAAUCCCCAUGGAAGCAUUACUUCCAUACUUUCAGAAAUUUGACAUAUGGCCUACGCUUGUUCGCGUUGACUAUAGUCCUUGUCGUGUUGACUUAGCUGCAUUAAGAGGUGGAAAGUAUGUGGAACUUAUUAACCUUGUGCCUUGGAAGGGUGUUAAGAUGAACCUCAAACAUGUCCAUGCUGUUGGUGUCUAUGGCUGGGGUUCUGUGUGUGAAACAAUAAUAGGGGAGUGGUUGGAAGAUAUUUCCCAGAAUCAGAUUCAUAAACUAUUGAAAGGGCUUCCUCCUAUUCGAUCAUUGGUUGCUGUUGGUUCUGGUGCUACCAAAUUGGUAUCUCUUCCAGUUAAGAGCUACAAAAAGGAUCACAAAUUGCUUAAAGGAAUGCAAAGAGGCACAUUUGCAUUCCUUAGAAGUAUAUCACUUGAAGCAAUUGGGUUGGGAGUACAUUUGGCAGCUGGUGCUCAUGAAAUUUUACUGCAAGCAGAAUAUAUACUGACAAGCAUUCCACCAUCAAUGCCAUUGCCUGCACAGAAUAGGGGGAACAGUGUGAGAUCUAAUCAACCUGUAGAUGCUCGGCAAGGAAUCCAGCAGGCAUGUGAUAGUAUAAGUGUUGGCUUCAGUAAAUCUGCUUCUGCCUUGGUACGGACUCCCUUGAAACGAUACCAACGUGGUGCUGGGGUGGGAAGUGCUUUAAUGACUGCUGUUAAGGCUGCUCCUGCAGCAGCAAUAGCUCCAGCUUCAGCCACUGCACGUGCUUUUCACUGUGCUCUUAUCGGGGUUAGGAACAGCCUUGAUCCUGACCGCAAGAAAGAGUCUUUGGAUAAAUACAUGGGAACAUCUCCGCCUCAACAGUUCAUGUAGUUGAGUGCCUUCAAAUAUAUGAAUCCCUGAAAGCAAAUGGAGGACAGAGUGAUUGAUUGAUAAUGGAGGCUUGCUGCCUUGGGUGGAUUUUUGUACAGAGAUUGAUUGUGUCGUGCUUAGUUCCUAUUUACAACCUUGUGUUUCUUUUUGGCAUAGGUGUUGUAAACAUUGUAGAGUUUAUCGAACCAAUUCUUUUCCUGUAAAAAGAAAUGUUAAUGUGUAAAUAUGGAGUGUACAUAGAAAGUAAUGGGGUUUUAGUAUGUUUAUUUCUUUCUGCUCAUCAAGUGGAGCACUGUACAUAAUGGGUCAUUUGAUCAGUGAUAGUCUCUUUUGCUGUUUUAGUUUCCCAUAUGGUGCCACGUACACCCUCCCCCUCUGGGUUGUUUCGGGGGGAUGGGGGAUUAUAUUUAACCAAAUGUUCAUUACAACUAAGAUGAAGAUUUCAUUAUAAAAUUCAUUUGGCUUGAACUGA